CUUCGAUCGACGUUCCUGGAUCCUUUGUGCUACUAACUCAACACAUCGCCAUUCUUCCGUCAUGGCUCUGAACGCAUCCGUCGCGUUCGACCUUCCUCCCCUACCAACCUACACCUUGACUGCGCGAGAGCAUUUACUUGCUCCUCUUCCUGAUAAUAUCCUUUCGCUCAUAUUGCCCGUCGUCGCUUAUUGGGGCCUGUCCAUGAUCUAUCAUUUCCUCGAUGUCAAUGAUUACUUCGUCGAAUACCGGCUCCACACCCCCGCAGAAGUCCUAAAAAGAAACAAAGUGACCCGCUGGGAAGUGGUACGGGAUGUUGUCUUACAACAAGUGAUUCAAACCGUGGCCGGUUUUGCGUUCGUAUACUUUGAUGCCGAGGAAACUGUUGGAAGAGAGGAAUAUGAUGUGGCCGUGUGGGCGCAGCGAUUGCGAAUCGCCCAAAAGGCCGUUCCAUCAUUAUUAGCUCUUGUUGGAGUCGACGCUAUCAGUCUUGGAAAGUCCGUAUCCCAAAACGGUUAUACCAUGUUGGCCGGAGCUCUAGCUGGUGGAUCAUACCCCGGUGUGACCCAGUCCAUAAUCCUCGACAACGGAGCCAAGGCCGUAGCGCCCGCGUUCGCGAGCUGGGAACUUGCAGUUGCCGGUUUCAUAUAUUGGUACUUUGUACCGACCCUCCAGUUCAUCCUGGCGAUUUCCAUUGUGGAUACUUGGCAGUACUUCCUCCACCGCGCUAUGCAUCUGAACCGGUGGCUCUAUGUGACUUUCCACUCCCGCCACCACCGUCUUUACGUUCCAUAUGCUUUCGGUGCCCUCUACAACCACCCAGUCGAGGGAUUCCUCCUGGAUACGGCUGGCACUGGUGUUGGAUUCUUGGUCUCCGGCAUGAGCACCCGCCAGGCCAUGUGGUUCUUUACAAUGUCGACUAUUAAAACUGUCGACGAUCACUGUGGCUAUGCCUUCCCCUGGGACCCACUCCAGCAUUUUACAUCCAACAACGCCGCCUACCACGACAUUCAUCACCAAAGCUGGGGUAUCAAGACCAACUUCUCCCAACCUUUCUUUAUCUUCUGGGACCGCCUUCUUGGCACUCAGUGGACUGGUGAGGUCAAGCUGCGCUACGAGCGAGCCCGCGAGAAUGCCCAGAAGCAGGUGGAUCUGGAUGCUGCCCAGGCGCCUAGCACAAUUCCGGCUGUGACUGUGACCGAGGAACGCGAACAUGAGCGGGUAGUGGUCUCACCCGAGGGACCUGCAACCCGCACUCGGCUGCGCCGAAAGACUGUUGAUAGUCUCAAGGGCCCGAGUCAUGGGGUUCCCGGAAGUGUUCUCCACAACUAAAGCCGUGAUGAAAUGAAGUCCGAGCAUGUGUUGAUUUUUUUAUGCAUCCCCCAACCCCGUCCCUGGAGCUGCUGGCCGUCUCCGCCAGACCGUGGGGCUCUCCGUCAUUUCUUGUAUAUGGGAUCAAUGGCCCAAUGUAUUAAUACUUCAGAACGCGCCAGUCAAUACUUUGUACAUGGUUCGCUCUAUGACCUACUGUUAAUAAUGUCUAUUAUUUGCCAUUUACAUUCACUUCUGG